AAAAAUGUUGCGUACUACCAUUAUUAAAUCUACCCCAAUCUUCUAUACCCAAUCAUGCUCCUAUUCUGUUCUCCAACAAGUUAAAGGUGGUCUCUCAUGGGCCAACAUCAAGAUUGGAAAAGCUGCUGCCAAGGAUAUUGAAAUCGCCGAACGCGCAGCUCAAGCUACCGUGCAUAGUGCCGAAACUGCAGGUAAUGUUGCCAAAACGGCUGCUAGUACAUUGAAUAAAACUACUGGUAAAGUACUUGCAGGAGGAAUUGAAGUUGCUGAAGAAGCCGUUCAUGAAAUUCAACAUGCCGAAGAAGUUUUGAAUAAGGGUGGAGGGAAAGUGCUUGCUGAAGGAAUUGACUUGGCACAGACUUGGAAACAUCACCAUGAUGCCGUGGCUAGAGUUAGACAGAAUAAAAAAGGAUAUACUACCUUGCAGGAGAAAGGAGCAAAAGUUGAAACAGAACAAAACAGGCCUGAUGAUGGGUUAUAAUUUGAUUUAUUUUUGUUUUAGUGUAUAGGUACUCUUUUGUAGUGGUUUGCAAUAUCUUACAUAUGUAGCCGAGCUUAAUUUAAUGAUUCAG